GCAAUUUCUGCGAGCUCGGUUCUAUCGUGGGAGACGCCCCUGUCUUUGAUAUCUCGAACUGCCUUUCGUUAGAUCAGGCCCUCAGGUACCGUUAUCGGGCAUUGAACGCUAUAUCUCUCCGAAGCAGCUAUGAGCGCGCCGGCUAGCAGGACCAUACACGAGCUCGAUGGAUCCUGGGUCAUAAACAAGAAGCUAUCGGACGACAUGGACCCGCUGCUGGAAAUCCAGGGCAUCCCCUGGAUCCUCCGAAAGGCCAUCUCAUGGGCGACAAUUACCGGGACGGUCACACAGACCAAGGAAGCAAACGGAUGUACCCUGAUCACCGUCGCGCAAACGGCAACGGGCGGCAUCAAGGGAGAGACCGAGUAUGUCCGGGUCGACGGGGCCGAGCACCGUCACAACUCUCAGGUAUUUGGCACACAGCUCGUGCGGACGCGUUGGCUUGACCUCAGGAGCAAGAGGCCGGCGCCUGACGUUGCCACGGGGGAGCAGCUGGACCCCUACCUGCGCCAGGGUUGGCUGGAAGAAGAGACCGAGGGCUCGCCUGGGCAUGUUUGGAUCACUUCGAGUUGUGAGAAGGCCGGGUGGAGAGUGGAGCAGGUCUGGGGUUUUGCUCUCGUUGAUGGACAGCGCUACCAUGUGAAGCGAUUCGUCAUAACGAAAGGCGAGCAGCGCGCCGAGUGCAGGAUGGUGUAUGACUGGGUAUCUUGAGCGCCUAACGCAGUUUGGUCUGUAGCAAACAUGCAGGGUUAAGCUUUGUUUCGAGGUGGCUGCUGGCAACUAUGCCGCGACCUUGUGUUGUUUUGUAACUUGUAAAGUUAUCUCUCAGGUGUUGUCACUCAGCAGUCUGCCUGCGCCGCUGUCAUGUUAGGUU